AGCCAUGGGGGUGUUGAUGUCCAAGCGGCAGACAGUAGAGCAGGUACAGAAGGUGAGCCUGGCUGUGUCUGCCUUCAAGGAUGGGCUGCGGGACAGGCCUUCCAUCCGACGUUCAGGUGACCUGCCGGGAUCCCGCCGUGGGACCGUAGAGGGUUCUGUUCAGGAGGUACAAGAAGAGAAAGAUGCAGAAGUCGGCACCAUGGUGAUCCAAGAAGAAAGCAGCGUCAACCGUGCAGCCUGGGAGAGGCUCCGACAUGGCCGUGGGAUAGAACCCGAGGAGUUGGUCAAAAGUCGACAUUUCACACCCCCCGCCUUCACCCGCCCCACCAGGAAACUGGACGAUGACAAGCCUCCAGACAUCUCCUUAGAGCCCAGAGAGCCCGUUGUCAACGACGAGAUGUGCGACAUCUGCGAGGUCUGGACGGCUGAGAGUCUCUUCCCAUGCAGGGUCUGCACCAGAGUUUUCCAUGACGGCUGCCUGCGCCGCAUGGGCUACAUCCAGGGAGAUGGUGCAGCGGAGGUGACCCAGAUGGCCCACACGGAAACAGGCUGGAGCUGCCACUACUGUGACAACCUCAAUUUGCUGCUGACUGAGGAAGAAAUGUACAGCCUCACAGAAACAUUUCAGCGGUGUAAAGUCAUCCCUGAUUGCUCCCUGACGCUGGAGGACUUCCUGCGCUUCCGUCACCAAGCAGCGAAGCACGGAGAAAGUGACAGGGCCCUGAGUGAGGAGCAGGAAGAGCAGGCGGCCCGCCAGUUUGCAGCCCUGGACCCUGAACAUCGAGGCCACAUAGAGUGGCCUGACUUCUUGUCCCACGAGUCCCUCCUGCUUCUGCAGCACUUGCGUCCUCAGAACUCUCUGCUGAGGCUUCUGACCAGCAAGGAACGGGAACGAGCCCGGGCUGCCUUCCUGGCAAGGGGUAGUGGGAACACCAUCAGCGAGGCUGAGUGCCGCCACGCCCAGCACUCUUGGUUCUGCAAACGCCUCACUCAACCUGCUUCCGGCAGUGUCAGCAGUGUCAGCCAUGUGGGUCCCAUUGCAGACAGCAGCCCUGCCAGCAGCAGCAGCAAGAGUCAGGACAAAGCCCUGCUGCCCACAGAACAGGAGGCCAGAUACGUGGACUGGCCCACCUUCCUGCGAGAGAAUGUCAUAUACAUCUUGGCCGCCCGCCCCAACAGUGCUGCCAUUCACCUGAAACCCCCGGGAUAGCAUGGAGUGGACAACGGCGUCCUUUCCCGCCUUUCCUCUCUCCCUGCCCCCCACCAACCUCUGGCGCUGA